GGGUGUGAGAGGCGAGCGUUCUGAGACCAGCUUUCACAGUUGGCUAGAACAUUCGUUCUUCCCCACCACCAUUUCUGCUCCUGCGACUUGCUCGGGCCUGGCAGCUGCAGCGUUCCUGCUAUAGCGGCAGUUCCGUGCAGAGGCGCCUACAGACCUCUCCCCUUCGUCGGUGAGAUCGCGGGCCUGUCAGUGUCAGCUUUCACACGCUGGUCGACAGGACCAUGUCGCUGGUAAGCCAGAAUUCGCGCCGCCGCCGCGGUGGAAGGGCCAAUGUGCGCAGAAACAUCGGGAGGGGUUUCCCUGCUGCCGUCCCAGGCCCAGACGUCCCUCGGGAUCUCGGCGAUCCUCAGAUCCUCCAGGGCUUCCGCGCCUCUGAGGGCCCCGGCACUUCCAUGCUGCCCACCCCCCGGGAGGGCCCAAGCACCUCUGUGCCGCCCACCGUCUCCGAGGGGCUGAGCACCUCCGAGCUGCCCACCUCCGGGAGGGAUCCGGGCACCUCCCGGCCUCCUGCGGUCUCUGCUGUGUCAAUCACCGCCUCGGAGGGCCCGAGUACCCCUGUGCCGCCCACUGCUCCUAGGGGCUCAAGGGCCUAUGAGCAUCUCUCUGUCUCAGAAGGGCUGACCUUCUCCGCGCAGCCCCACUCUGAUGAGGGCCUUUACGUGCAGCCCACCCUGGGUGAGGGCCCCGGAACCUCGGUGCCGCCCACCUUCUUCGAGGAAUCCGGCAUUUCCGUGCCGCUGCUCUCUGAUGAGGGCUUGAGCAUCUCCAUGUCGCCCACCAUCUUGGAGGGACCGGGUAUCAGCGUGCCCUCCCCCACUAGUGAGGCCCCAGGCACUUUGAUGCAGCCCGCUGCCUCUGAUGUAUUGGGCAUCAACCUGCCGCCCACUUUCGGCGAGGGCCUGAGCAUCUCUGUGCUGUUCUCGGCUUUGGAGGAUCCCGACAUCUCCAUGCCGUCCCCCUCCGCUGAGGGAAUGAGCACCUCCAUGCCGCCCCCCUCCGCUGGGAUCUACAGUGCCUGGGAGCCGCCCAUCAUCUUGGAGGAAUGUAGCAUCAAUGUGCCGCCCACCUCCGACAUGGGACUGUGCACCUCGGCGCCAUCAGCUGCCUGCGAGAGCCUAAGCGCCUCAGCCGAGAGCCUGAGCACGUCCCUGGCGUCCAUUUCUGCUGAGGGCUUCUGCAGCUCGCUGACGCCCUGCGCUGCGGAGGGAUCCGCCACUUGCGGGCUGCUUCCCUGCGGGGAGGGCCCGAGCAGCGCGGGGCUGCACAGCCUGGAGGAGGGGUCGAGCACCUCGCAGAUGCCCCUAGCUGCCGAGGGCGCUAGCGCUUCUGAGAUGCCCACUGAAGAUGAAAACCCCGAGGAAGAAGAAAGCCGCGGUGCGUCUGUGGGCAUGAACACCUCCAGUGCUGAGCAAAAGGCCAAUGAUCCAUCUGUACGCCCAAAGCGCGCAGACCGCUUCCUGGAUUUCCAGGUCCUGAGAGACAGUAAUAAUUCCAACUCAAUUACCAUUAUGGGCCUGGGCACCUCCCGUGUUACUAUUACGCUGAAGCCUCAGGAACCCAUGGAGCACAACGUAGCAGAAUUGUUGCAGUUUCUGCUGCUGAAGGAUCAGACCAAGUACCCUAUCAAGGAAUCUGAAAUGAGGGAAUUCAUUGACAAAGAAUAUCGCCACCAGUUCCCAGAGAUCCUCAGACGAGCAUCAGUCCACCUGGAGUACAUUUUUAGGUUUGAGCUGAAGGAGCUAGACCCUGAGGAGCACACCUACAUCCUGCUCAACAAACUGGGACCAGUGCCCUUUGAAGGGUUAGAAGACAUCCCAAAUGGGCCCAAGAUGGGCCUCUUGAUGAUGAUUCUGGGACACAUAUUUCUAAAUGGCAACCAAGCCAGAGAAGCUGAUAUUUGGGAGAUGCUCUGGAGAUUUGGAGUGCAGCGUGAAAGAAGGCUUUCCAUUUUCGGGAACGUGAAGAGACUCCUGUCUGUAGAGUUUGUGUGGCAGCGUUACUUGGACUACAGGCCGAUAACUGACUGUGUACCAGUCGAGUUUGAGUUUUACUGGGGCCCACGAUCCCGUUUAGAAACCACCAAGUUGAAAAUUCUGAAGUUCAUGGCUAAAGUCUAUAACAAAGAUCCUAUGGACUGGCCAACACAGUUCAAUGAAGCGAUGGACGAAGAAGCUGACAGAGGAGUUGUUCAUAACUGGCGAGUUGCUCGUCACUUCAGGAGGCCCCUUUUUGCAGAAGUUUCUCCAGAAGUUUCUCCUGAUUCAGAUGCUCCUGGCGGUUCCACAAAAUAUUCUCCCCAUUCUUGGCCUGAGUCACGAUUAGAGAGCAAGUCGAGGAAACUGGUCCAGUUAUUUCUGCUGAUGGAUUCGACUAAGCUGCCUAUUCCGAAGAAGGGAAUCCUGUAUUACAUCGGUCGAGAGUGUACCAAAGUGUUCCCUGACCUCCUGAAUCGUGCUGCUCGCACCCUAAACAACGUGUAUGGGACAGAGCUAGUGGUCCUUGAUCCCAGGAACCACUCCUACACCCUGUACAACCGAAGAGAAAUGGAAGAUACAGAAGAGAUUAUGGACAGUCCAAACAGGCCCGGCAGCAAUUUCUUAAUGCAGGUUCUGAGCUUCAUCUUUAUAAUGGGCAACCAUGCUAGGGAGUCUGCAGUCUGGGCCUUUCUGAGGGGCUUGGGAGUUCAAAAUGGGAGAAAGCAUGUGAUUACCUGUCGGUAUUUGAGUCAGCGCUACUUAGAUAGUUUGCGGGUUCCUGACAGCGAUCCGGUGCAGUAUGAUUUUGUGUGGGGCCCGAGAGCCCGCUUGGAAACCUCCAAGAUGAAAGCCCUGCGGUAUGUGGCCAGGAUCCACAGAAAGGAGCCACAGGACUGGCCGGAGCAGUACAGGGAGGCAUUGGAAGAUGAGGCCAAUAGAGCUGAGGCUGCGCAACGGCCAUUGGCUGUUCGCAACGUGCGAUAGAUUGUGUCAGCAAGGCCUUGUAUGUCCAGGCCUAGAGCCCUGGUUCUCAUGUAUUGGGAGUGAGGGGGUGGGUUGGAGGGGGGUACGUAUUGUAUUUGAUAUUGUGUUCCAGUUCCAUUUAUGUAUUUUGCAUAUUUAGUUCUUGUUUGGUAUCUUGAAAAGUUUCCAUUGUUUUAAUAAUACUGUCCAGUAAUGUAAAUGUGAUUGACUAUUUGCUGUCUCUGCUGUACUUUGUGCUGUAAGCAUUUUGAUAGUGUUAUAAAGUGUUUUAAGACUCUUUCCAUCUUGUUGCAUUGUCUGAAAGAAUAUAUAGCAUAGAUAUAGGCUUUUCCUUGAAAGCUUGGAAAUAAUCAUCAGUAAAGUGAUCUAGCUUCAGAUGUUAAACAAACAAAUAUGUAACAACUAACAAAGCACUAAGUUGUGACUGGCUUCCCUUUUGUCUGCUAUUGUGUGAAGAAUACUAACGUUUACCUGUAUUUGCUUUGCUGUACUAAUGUGUAUUGAAAAAUAAAAGUGUAAUA